AUGGACUCGGGAUACCCUCCAUCAGUAGAACACAAGUUUCUGAUGCCGAUCGGCUGCCACCCCAUUCUCGAGAAAUGGAACAAUGACGACAACGCCUCCUCUUUGAGGUCCCAGGUUGUGAGCAAACUCAAAGGGGCAAACUGGACUUCAGUCGAUAUACUCCGAUGCGGAUACGAGGGCAAAAAAGAUGCCCCGGCGAUUCUCUUCGUCUCCGUCGAGCCUGGCAGCACGACGCCAGAAGAGGCACGACAGUUUGCUGAUAGAUGUGUGGUCACACUGUUCGAUCAUGGAAUCACCGACGUGUCUUGCGAGGUGAAAGAGUCACAAGUGGUUCCACUAAGCAAGCUACAGCCACCUUCAACAGUUGUCGACGCAGGCAAUCUGUGGAAGGCGAGCUACAACCUGACUGACCUGGUCGGUGCCACUAUAGCCAAAUCUGAUCAGCAGGGAAAGCAAGGCACCAAAGGCCCUUAUCUCCGAGUCAAGACUGUCGAGAACGGCGUGGAGACAUCGUCAGUCUGCGCCCUGACUUGCCGGCAUGUAGUCUCGUCUUCAACCCAAGAACCGGAGGGCUCUGGCUCGAAGAAGGUUCGGCAAAGUUGUGAAGCUAUUGUGCAACCAGGGAUCGAUUAUGAAACCGAGGUGAAGUAUUUCGCUCACCGUCUAGCAAGCAAACAGAAAUCCCAUUGGGGUGAUCCCGCAGCCGACGAAGGAAUGCUUAGAUCUUACAACGCCCGAAGCACCGUCGAGUCCAGGACAUUCGGCCAUCUUGCUUACACAAGACAAGGCUCAAGUGGCAGAGCGACAGAUUGGGCGCUCAUCAAGCUCGACGUCGACAAGCAUGAACGACCUUUAGAUGCUAUCAAGAACCAAGUGCCGAUCGGGUAUGACGUGGAACACGGGUACAGUCGUAAGUACCAAAGCCAAGGAUGGAGCAACGCGAGCGGGAACUUCUCUUUCGACCCGCGUCCGGAUCAUGGUAUUUACACCUUACGGGGCGUCACGCCAGUUGCAAGCAUACAAGAGCCAGAAGAAUGGACAGAUCCCACGCUUCAUGGCGCAAUCUGCCUAGCCAAAGUCGGGCACGGCUCGGGCUUAACUUUUGGUAUCGCGAACCAGGCCCUGUCGAUUCUUCACCGGCCCAAGUCUCCCCAAGGAACAACAGGAGAUGAGACUGAGCUCGAUGAAGACGAUGACCUGAUAUCCCUGACGAUCUGUGUCUUGAGCCGAGAUGGACAGUACCUCAAUUUUUCUCCCACGUCGAGCUUCGGCAUCGCGGGUGACUCUGGUGCUUGUGCUUGGGAUCUCAACGGGCGCGUCGCCGGGAUAGUGACGGCGGGGUCUAUGUGGGACUUGGAGGAUCGUUGGACGAACGUGACUUAUGUUACGCCGAUGGAAUGGAUCCUGGAGGAUAUGAGGGAGUGUGGUUUGGAGGCUACUCUCUGCGAAUAG